GACAUUUUCCUUUGUUGACGUGCGUGUACUAUGAACUGUGCACAACCCUCGAUGAUAAUUAUGUCGAAAAUUAAAUCAUUUAUGCUAUAAUAUACAAUGUAAAACGGUGGUUGAUAUUAAAAACCAGGUAUGUCUAAAUCAGCCGAAUGGACUUCUUCGUCGACGCAGGUUCGAAAACCUAUGGGACCGGCACCCAUCGCUUCCUUCGAAGAUCUCUCAGACGAGGUGAGAACACGCCUUGAAAGUCCAGAAGAAAAAAACGUUUCUGGUUCUGUGGUGCGUUUACCUGGUAUAAGAGAAGAUCUGUCGCCCGCUUCGCCGGUCUACAAUUCUCAACAGACUAAAAAAAUUAGUCUGAUAGGUUGUCCGAUAAGUCCGAUAUCGAAAAACGUCAAACAUCAAACACCAAGGAUUGACAUUUCUAGAGCUAGUAGCUCCUCGCAUCAUGAUAGCAAAGAUAGCAGCCCGGAUAGAGAAAUGUACGAUGCUAAUGGUGCCAAAUUAGGUUUAGGUUUCAAAGAAGAUGGAGCUUUAGAUUUACGAUCUUCGACGGAAGAACUAGAUUUUCAAGAUAUAUCGAUAAGUGGACGAAAAAGACCUCAAUCUCCUUCUACGUUAGAUGAUCCGAUAACUACAAGAAAGGAUUCUCAAUGUUCAGAUAUAGUAUUGUUGUCAAUAUCAGGAAGAACAUCGAGAUUAUCAAGCAUCGGAAGUCAAGGCUCCAAUCAAAGUCGAAUAUCUAACAUUAGCCACAUUUCCAUAUUAUCCGGACAAUCUAAUCUAUCUAGAUGUUCUUCGCCACACAAAAUGCAAUUAGAAACGUCUUUUUGUGGUACGAAAGUAUUAGAUAAACCAGCCAAAGAAAAUAGAAUUGUUGAAGCCAAAAUUGACACCGACGUUAUGGAGAAAAUUUUGUUAUCAAGAAAACACGAUCCGACAGAAGCAAUUAUUGCUGAAGGCAUAUCAGUAGAUAAAGUACAAACUCCGGAUACGGAACGUAGAAAAGAAGAUGUGACCAAAAAUCGAGAAAUUCCAAAAAUAACGUCGACCGAUACCAGUUCGCCGCGUAAAAAUGUUAAAAGUAGAUUCGUUUCAGAAAGUGGAGUGGAAUAUUAUUAUAUUCCGUUGAAAGGACCACUGCCGCCAGAUCUUCCCAAUACGCAAAAAGUUCAAUACGUAAAAAAAUCGCAAAGAUCUCAUCAUCAGACUGAAAGUGAAGUUAAAACGAAAAAAACCGAACCUAAAUAUAUUAGAAUAAAAUUAAAACCGGAUAAAUCUUAUCCUGAUAAGGAUAUAAGUUCUGUUAAUGGAACUACAGAUAAAAUAGAUGUAGCCGAAGAAAAUGAAAUUAUUUCUUCUUCUCCUUCGAUUAAUACGAAAUUAGAAUUAUCGAAUGUUAGUAAAAAAAUGAAACCCGGAGAGAAAAAAGAAGAGGAAAACGUUUCGCUUAAAUCCGUUUCGUCGACAUUAUCAACGGAAAGUAUCGAUAAAAAAUCCAAAUCCAAAUCGGUUUUAUCCUUGUUCAAGUCUAAAAAAUUAGACAAAAAUAAUACGAAAACGCAGAAUCAUAACGAAAAUGGAAAUAUUAAACAGAGUUAUUACGAAAAUCCUCUCCAAUGCGCAACUAUAAGGAUACCUUUACAUUCUCCAACUUAUUACGAAAAUCGAUCUAUAACGACAUGCGAAAUCACAGAAAAUGUACCAAAACCGGCCCUGACUAGUCGACAAAACAGCACGAGCAGUGAAAAUAUGACAUUUUCGACAAAUUUAGGUACCGAAAAUGAAAUUUUCACAACAAAAUUACCAAAAACUAAGCAAUCCGUCGUUAUACAAGACGAAAACACCGAAGAAAAAAUGGAUAUACAAGAAAAUAAAGACGUUAACCAGGAACUAGGGCAAAAUGCAUCAUGUCCGAAUGAAAAUUUACUAGAUAAUGACGUAAUCGAAGAUAAGAGCGUAGCUUCGAUUUGUUCUACAGCCGACGAUCACAAUUCAUCCGAAUCCGAACGUGAUAUCGAAAAUAAAAAUAACCUCAUUUUAAACACGCAAUUAAUAUGCGAAACCGAAAAACAAGCCAUAGUUUUUUCACAAGAUUCUUUCGAAGACGAACUACCUUACGUACCAACGACGUUACCUUUAGAAAGAUCGGCGGCACUACCGAUACUCCCUAUAAAUAAACGUUCCAUCCUCGAAAUAAAAACGUGUCCUAUAGAAAGACCAAGAUCGUCGACGCCUCUAAAUCCGAGCUGUCUUAACGAAUAUUGCGAAGAUUUUUCCAAAAAAAUAACGAAAAACACUGAAAAAAUCAAAAUUUUACUACCGCGUAAUGAUUCAAUCGAUAAAAUUAAUAAAGGAAGAGAUUCGAAUUUAAUCAAAGCGAACGAAACGCCUCCGCCGCUACCACCGAAAGGAGUACAUUGGAUCAGCUUCGACGACAUACCUGAAAAACGAAAAAUUCCUAAAAGGAUACAAACUCUUCCGUCGCACAGUUACGCCGACGAAAAUGCGCAAGAAUGCGUUAUAUACAAUUACGUAAAUCCGGAGGAAUGUAAAUGCGAAUGUCACGAAUUAAGUGCCAAAAAGAAAGAAACCGAAGAACCUUCGAGGAAAUAUACCGAAGACGACGAACUUCCUUUGUUAGAAGACGAUUAUCAAGACGAAACCAAAUUUAUGGCUACGUGUAAAGUUCCAGACGAAUCGGGCGAUUGUACAAACAUUUUGAGUGAUUCUACAAGUAAUAAUCAACGUGUGAUUACUGAAACCGCAUCCUCUUUCCUCAGUGAGUUACCGUUGACGAGCAAUACAUCUUGUAUAACAUCUCAAGAUGAUUAUCAGUCUCCCGUUUCUCCUUAUUUACCAAGAAUCUAUUAAGUUUAAAAACAUAUUUCGAAAAAAUAAAAAAAAUAGUCACUUUAUAUAUGGUAUGUUUUAAUAUAUUGAGUUGUAAGAGUUUAUCUUAAUAUAAAAUGUUAAUUAAAA